UUUUCUGGGCUUGCUUCAGGAAAGUGAAGUGUUUCCCGAUGUGGCAGGGGAGGAAGAAUGCUGAAGCUGAGACCAAAAAAGCAUGUGAGUGGCUCCGAGCAACAGGAUUUCCUCAAUAUGCUCAACUUUUUGAAGAAGGUUCAUUUCCCCUGGAUAUUGGCUGUGUGAAGAAGGACCACGGUUUUCUGGAAGAGGACUCUUUGGGGGCCCUGUGCAGGAGACUGAUGACCUUGAACAAUUGUGCCUCGAUGAAACUGGAGGUUCACUUUCAACGCAAGCAGAAUGAAGACUCAGAAGAGGAAGAGCAGUGUACUAUCAACAACUCUUGGGCCUUGCAGAGAGAAAGUAAGUGCUGGUCUCACAUGGGCUCUUCUGACCUGCUGGCCUCACCGAACCCUGGACUGCCAGUCACCUCCAGCUGUGAGAGUGUACUCACUGAGCUUAGUGCCAUCUCUCUGCCGGCCAUCACCGUGAGCCUACCACCCAAGCCAGUGGACCUGCUUUUGCUAGGCCAUGACCCCAGCCCGAGUGACAGGCCCCAACUCAGCACCACCCAAGGCCCAGAGGGUCCCCAAGACAAAGUCAAGAAGCGCCGUUCCCGGAGCUUCCUGAAGCACCUUGAGUCUCUGAGAUGGAAGGAAAAGGGUGGCAGCCGGCAAGCUGAGCCUGAGCGUAGCCAAGCCACCUUGGAGAAGGCCACCAAAGGCUCCUCUUUCCGAAGUCACCACAGCUUCCUCUCAGCUGGAUUCUAUAGGGCCAAGAACUGGGGAGACACCUUAGCCAGUGGCAGUGGUGCUGAGACUCAGAGGGGCUGGGAGGUUUGGCCUGUGGCCACGCUCUGGCACCCUCAACGGGUACACAGGGGUGACUACCUGGUGCAUGUGCCUAGGGACCACAAACCAGGCACAUUCCCUCGCUCCUUGUCCAUUGAGAGCCUGUGUCCUGAGGACGGACACCGUCUAGCCGAUUGGCAGCCAGGUAGGUGCUGGGGCUGCGAAGGGCGCCGGGGCUCCUGUGGCUCCACAGGCAGCCAUACCAGCACCUAUGACAACAUGCCUGAGCUGUACCCAGCUGAGCCUAUACUGGCUGGAGCUGACGCCGAAGAUGAAGAGGAGAGUGGGGGCAGCUAUGCCCACCUAGAUGACAUCCUCCAGCAUGUGUGGGGGCUGCAGCAACGGGUAGAGCUUUGGUCUCAGACCAUGUACCCAGACCUGGGGCCUGGAGAUAAGGAAGAGGAAGAAGACGAGGAAGAGGCUACUUCGUCAGUAGAAAUAGCCAUAGUUGAGGUAGGAGGUCAACCUGAGGCUCUGGGCCAGGUAGAGGCUCCCACCCACAGAGAGUCCUCAGCCCUGGACCAGGCUGAUAUCCAGACAGUCAUCUUGGCUCAGGCCUCAGCUGAGCUCCAGGCAGAGGCUGAGACCAAGUCACUUGGCCAAGCCCAAGAUAAUGAGCAGGAGGUGAAUUCAGGUGGGGAACCCACCUCUGCCUCCAGCCUGUCUGUGGAAGAAGGACGCUCCAUUUCUGACACUGUGGCCUCCUCCAGUGAACUGGAUAGUAGCAGGAACUCCAUGAACGAGGCUGAGGCUGCAGGGUCCCCGGCUGGAUUCCAAGCAUCAGCACCCCGUGAACGACGAGAUUCAGGUGUUGGGGCCUCACUUACCAGACCCUGCAGGAAGCUCCGUUGGCACAGUUUCCAGAACUCCCAUCGGCCCAGCCUCAACUCGGAAUCACUGGAGAUCAACCGGCAGUUUGCCAGCCAGAUCCACCUGCUGCACAAGGGCUCCUUGCUGCGGCUCACGGCCUUCAUGGAGAAGUACACUGUGCCCCACAAACAGGGCUGGGGCUGGUCAGUGCCCAAAUUCAUGAAAAGGAACAAAACCCCAGACUACCGGGGCCAGCACGUGUUUGGGGUGCCGCCUCUCAUCCAUGUGCAACGUACAGGCCAGCCGCUGCCACAGAGCAUUCAGCAAGCCAUGCGCUACCUGCGCAGCCAGUGCCUGGACCAGGUGGGCAUCUUCCGCAAGUCUGGGGUGAAGUCUAGGAUCCAGAACCUGCGCCAAAUGAAUGAGUCCUCUCCCGACAAUGUCUGCUACGAGGGCCAGUCGGCCUACGAUGUGGCUGACCUGCUGAAGCAGUAUUUCCGAGACCUGCCCGAGCCUAUCUUCACCAGCAAGCUCACCACCACUUUCCUGCAGAUCUACCAGCUCCUCCCCAAGGAUCAGUGGUUGGCAGCAGCGCAAGCUGCCACUUUGCUGCUCCCCGAUGAGAACCGAGAGGUGCUGCAGACCCUGCUCUAUUUCCUAAGUGACAUUGCCUCUGCUGAGGAAAACCAGAUGACAGCCGGCAACCUGGCAGUGUGCCUGGCACCCUCCAUCUUCCACCUCAACAUCUCCAAGAAGGAUAACACCUCACCCAGAAUCAAGAGCAAACGCAGCCUGGUUGGUCGGCCAGGCCCUAGGGACCUGAGUGAGAACAUGGCGGCCACCCAGGGCUUAUCACAUAUGAUCAGUGAUUGUAAGAAACUUUUCCAGGUGCCUCAGGACAUGGUGCUGCAGCUGUGUGGCUCCUACAGUGCAGCUGAACUCAGGCCUCCUGGCCCAGCCCUGGCUGAGCUGCGUCAGGCUCAGGCUGCUGGUGUGAGCCUGAGCCUCUACAUGGAAGAGAGCAUCCAGGAGCUGCUACGGGAUGCUGCUGAACGCUUCAAGGGCUGGAUGAGUAUACCAGGGCCCCAACACACAGAGCUGGCUUGCAGGAAGGCACCAGACGGGCACCCCUUGCGUAUGUGGAAGGCAUCCACAGAGGUGGCAGCCCCUCCAGCUGUGGUGCUACACCGUGUUCUGCGGGAGCGGGCCCUCUGGGAUGAGGACCUGCUGCGGGCCCAAGUGCUAGAGGCUCUGAUGCCAGGUGUGGAGCUGUACCACUAUGUCACUGACAGCAUGGCACCCCAUCCCUGCCGCGACUUCGUGGUGCUUCGGAUGUGGCGUUCUGACCUGCCCCGCGGGGGUUGCUUGCUUGUGUCCCAGUCCCUGGAUCCUGAGCAACCUGUGCCAGAGUCUGGGGUACGGGCCCUGAUGCUCACUUCCCAGUACCUCAUGGAGCCUUGUGGCCUGGGCCGCUCCCGGCUCACCCAUAUCUGCCGUGCUGACCUAAGGGGCCGUUCUCCUGACUGGUACAACAAAGUCUUUGGGCACCUGUGUGCCAUGGAAGUGGCAAAGAUCCGGGACUCCUUUCCCACCUUACAGGCAGCUGGCCCUGAGACAAAAUUGUGAGCCUCAGCCUGGUUCCAGGGUGACACCACCCAGUCCCCUUGGUACCAAAGGAGUAAGAGGGGAACAAGAACACAGCAGCCCCAGAUGCUGCUUCCUGGGGCAGAGCCAGUCUCUGUGCCCCAGCUGCCUGUCCCCAUCUCCUGAAGUUCCUCUGCACAUACAGAGGAAGAAGAAUUUCAGUGUCCCAUCUCCACUCUCAAACCUGUGUUCUGCCUUCCUGAGAGAGAAGAGCCAUUUUACGAGUAAGAAGACUGCUGCUGCCCUCCAGGUCACGGAGCCACCAGUCAAACUGAAGCCUUACCAGUUUUCCUCCUGCGGGGAUGGAGGGAGAAGGCAGUAUGUGCUCCCAGCUCACUGCCUUUUGGAGAGUCCAGGCUAUCCUGUUUGGUACUAAGGUCCCUUUGAGGUUGAACAGGAGGUUCUGGUCCUGCCUUUGGGCCCAAUAUUGGCCCUAAACUGACUUUUCUAGAGAAAUUGGAUGGGAGUGGAUAGUCACAGGGGCAGAGCACAGGGCAGCCCCAACCACCAAAAAGUGUUUUAUUUGUGUAAAUACAAUGCUGAUUUUUAUGAGGCUGAUUUAAAGAGAGGGUACUGACAGUCCCCUGGUAGGCUACAUGCCGAUUUGGGAUAGCUUGGGACAUGAGAGUAAGAGAGGGAACUUCCUUUCCAGGUCUCAAGAGACCAAUGAACCAAUUUCCUUUGGCGUGGGCCCCACAUUUGGUCUGCCACUCCGUGGGGUACAGUGCAGCCUUUGCUCAUGCACUGCCAUGUCUGGAGAAUAAACAAGCUCACUCUCACUACACAGGCUGAGCAGAAGCAGACAGCGUCCCUUCUGCUCUUUGUGCCUGCAGUAUCAGGCUCUUCUUCAAGCAGACACCUGGCCCCCAGCUCAGGUGGCCAGCCAGCCAAAUGGAAGGCCCAGUGUCAUCUCAGCCAGUUCCAAACGAUCUAUACUACCCAUUGGCCAUCUUAGUUCAUGUAGAAAUUCAAGUGCUAUUCAAAUGCCAGCUCAUGACUUAUUCUUCUUUUGGCUGAAUAAAAUGAAGUGGGAUUGUUCCUAGCCAAUGUUAUAAUUUUUAAGCCUAUCUUGUAUCUAUAAAUACUGUAUAGUCAUAAUAUGUAUA